UUGUAAGCGAUUUUAUAGCAUGAAAUUUUGAAAUAGGCAUUAAAAUUACAAUUAUUAAAAACGGAGUAUUGUUUUUAAACUGUUAUAGUGACCUAAAAAUAAUGUUUUGUGUUUACUUAAAUUCUACAUCAAUUAUAAUUUAAAUCAGUUUGUGUGUUAGAAGCUAUACCUCUGUCUCAAUAUAGGUGGACAGUAUUGAAAGGUCUCUAUUGUGUGAAAAACUCAUAUAGACUCUUAGAAAUUGAAAAGUUUUGGGAUUUUUGUGUUACCGAGUAAGAUGAGUUUAUCUUACCAUAAAUAUAAAAGAUAACAGAUGUACUACUUACUUUGUGCUUUACUACAUUGGUGAAUUAAUGAUACUCAACACGAACAUUUGCAAGGCAAAAAAAAGAAAAUGGCUGUUAAGAAGCAUCAGUUGGUUCGCCAGAAUCAAGAAGAGGUGAAUUUGACUACACUUGUGGAGUAUAUUCAACCGAUUGUUGAUAAACCUGUGUUUCUGCCACCUCCAAAUGAGCUGAUACAAAGUUGUGAAAAUGUUGUGCAGUGUCUAAGUCGAUUGACGGGCACAGAGCAGGAGCUUUGGAAAUGCCUACGAAGUAUUGAAAAAUUUCUUGUUUUCGUAAUUAGCAAUGUGGACUGUAAAUUACGCAAUGAAAUUAUCACUACCAUUAUUGAUAAAUUCUAUUCCUAUAUUUCGGAUCCAAAUUCCAAUGCGUGCCCGGCCACGUCCGUGGUGUUGAUUGUGAUGGACGCUCCCGAUCCUAGAGCUUCAUUGUCCACAGCGCGAUGGGUUAUUCAACAGAGUAAAAAAAGCCAGUCGGAUGAAGGCCUGCGGUCGGCGCUCUCGUGUCUAUAUCGUUGGCUUUCAGAGUCGUAUACAUUACCUUAUCUAAGCAACUGGAUACUAUGCUUCAUUAAGGUCCUAGAGGAAAAUGAAAUGUUUGAUAUCCUUAUUGAGGAGUCCGUGAAGAAUAUAGGUAAUCUGUUUUCUGUGAUGAUAAGUCCUGCUACACGGAAACAACCCGUUGCUGAUGUAAUACUACAUUUAUUGAUAUCGUUGCGGGAGUCGCCUGAAGCUUUUGACCGGAUAUCCAAGCAUAUAGGUGAAACCCUAGAAUCUCUAGCUGCUGAUAGCAGGCAAUGGAGCAGGCAACUAUUGGGAAGCCUGGUUGAUAUUCUAACUUCUAUGAUCAAUUAUAAUAUGCAAUCAUUGAAAGGCGUCCAGCUGUAUAUGUUCCGGGACAAAUACAGCUACGUGAUCAAGCAUCUGGAACGUCAUAUGGUAACAAACGAUUCUACUGUAAUACUGGAUCCUAUAUGGAAGUCGCGAAACACUGGCGGCCAACCAGCCAAGGUAGAUACUGUUACCAGUCCCAAAGUUGGUCUACAAAAUCUUGGCAAUACUUGCUACAUCAACAGUGUAAUGCAAGCCCUGUUUUUGAUACACCAGUUUAGCAAUUACACAGUGCUCAAAAUGUUUGAAAAACCCUAUUGGGCCAAAAUGUCAGCGCUAUUUGUGACCAUGAUGCAUACAGUUGCUCCAUGUAUCAAACCAACAACGUUUGUGUCCGUCGCCAAACCGGACUUUUUUGUUCCGAAGCAACAACACGAUUGCUUUGAGUUCUUGGGGUACUUGUUCGAGUUGUUAAAAUCAUAUGAGAAUAGUACAAUAACCGAUGCUGACUUUGCCUACAAUACACCGGUCGUGCUAAAUUCUAGCCGAACAAACGUGACUGAGGGCAAGUCCGGCCAUGGCAAAAGUAACGAGCCAAAAGUAUCUGAAAAGCCAUGCACAUCGUCACAAACUCCAGAAUCCAGUAACUCGGCUGGUCCGUUCGGCCUGAAACGUCACAGUGACGCCGAUAUCAAUGUUACCAGCAAACGACGACGCUUUAACGACUCGUUCAUUAAUAAUGUAUUCGCUGGAGUAUUCCUCACUCGUAUAACAUGCAUACAUUGUGGCUCUUCUUCACGUUCAAGAGAUGUUUGCCGUGACCUGCAAUUGGCGUUCCCAGAGAAAUCCGGUGGCAACCAGUACACUAUUCAAGGGCUGAUCGACUUUUAUUUCUCUAAUGAAAUAUUAACUGGCGAGAAUCAGUACCAGUGCCAUGACUGUAAUAUUUUGCGGGAUGCAGAAAAAUGUGUCAUUAUUGAAUCUACACCGAAAAUAUUGAUAAUUAUUUUAAAAACCUUCAAAUACGAUACAAAACUUCGCGUCCAGACGAAAUUAAUGCACUCUGUGAUGUACAAUACAUCUGUGACCUUACCCACACUGCGUUCCCAAACGGAUAAGAACACGUACAAUUUGUUCGCUGCUGUAAUACACGUUGGCACCACCAUGAAUGCAGGUCACUAUUACACAUUGGGCAAGGAUAAUAAUGACUGGUACAUAUUCGACGAUUCCAGAGUGAAAGCGACAGACGAGACUGGUAUUAACAGGCUCGACCGUUCCCAUACACCGUAUAUGCUCUUCUAUAGGAGGACUGAUGUCGUUGAAGGCUCAAUUGCAGCCUUCGCAACACUGCCUAAACAGAUGCAACAAACGGUGAUGUCAUGCAACAAGGCCCAUUUAGAACUCCGUAAAACGACCAAAAAUCGUCCAUGACGGUUAAGGUCCGAUAAAUACAUGUACUUUUCGUUAGAUUGUGAUAUAUAAACACUAUAGAGAUAUAUGCGGAGUGAAAUAAAAUGCGUCGGAACUGAUUUUUAUUUUCAAAUUUUAUUUGUUUGUUGUUGAAACGAUUAUAAGAAUGACAUUGUGUUUUAAUGUAUAUUUUUAUUGUGUAUGGCAACACCCAAGGAUAUAUUUUUGUGUGGUCAACAUUUAAGUGUGAAACUAUAAUCGGCACAAUUUAAGAGAGUGAGUGUUACAUGGGGGUUGCAGCUACUGGAAGUUGUAUUUUUCAAUGUAAACCAAAACUUCUAAUUAAGAACAAUCAAGUAAGUGUAGUUAAAUAUCACUUUUCAAUCAAAUUGAUUUAUAUUCAAUAAUUAUCCUUUGAUUAUGAAAGGUAAUAGACAAUUUAUUGUUUAUCUGUAGACAAAAUUUAUGAAUUAAGUGUUUAUGUAUAGACGAAAUUCCGUGUAAAUAAAUUUAAAUGUACAUAAAAUUGAAUAUAAUCACUAUUAGAUAUCCACAUUUAGCCAAGGAAGCACAAGCUUUGUUGAUAUAGACUAGUCGCCUAAAUAAUAAGUCUAUGUCAUGAAUAAAUAAAGAUAUCUUCAGGAGAGCUGUUAAAUUAUACAAAUCUUUAUAAGACGCUGAAAAAGAAUUGCAUAAAUGUAUUUCCAUCUGUUGUAUAUAAAUUUGUUAGUCCACUGUUUUAAUCAUAAGGGUUAUAAUUUCUUAAAGUGCUAACAACUUUAAGCACAAACAUUUUACAAACCAUUGUGUUACCCAUACAUCAGUGGGAUUGCAUAUAAUUAAUUUAGAGAAAUUAUUAAUUUAAUGAUAAUUAUUAAGAUAUUAAAAUUGUAUCGUAUCGUAAUAGUAUAGUUGAUGUAUCCGUCUAAAUAGCUUUGCCUGAACUGCUACGAAUUAUAUGAAUACUGUGUAUAUGAUUUUUAAUAUUAGGGCAAAAUCAAAUCGGCCACAAUAUGGGUAAACUUCAGAAGCGAGACCGCACGAAUUAUAAAUCCCGUAUAUAUAAAUCAAAUUUUUGAUAUAAGUCGCGGUUCUCAAUAUCGCCCUAAAUUUAGUAGUGACUAAAGUUCGGUAAAUGUUUAAUAUGUAACAACCUAUUUAUGUACUAAUUAAAAUGAAUGUGUAUGUACAAUUAAAAAUAAAUCUUGAUGUAUAUAAUCGAUUCCUAAUUAAUUAUAAAAAGUUGAUUGAUUUGUUAUAACUAUGGUGUGUAUUGAU